AUGACUCGUUUGAACGCUUUGAAAACUUUGAACGUUCGACACUACAUACACCAAUGUUAUAACUUCAAAGAUCACUAUAUUUCAAACACCAGUGUUGUAGCUUCCAACGAUCGUCAAGUUAUCGUUAUUCCGCAGAGCUUAUUUGUCCCAUUUUUGGAAAAACCCAGAUGUAUUUUCCCAUUGGAAAAACCCAGAUGUAUUUUCCCAAUGGAAAAAUCCAGAUGUAUUUUCCCAUUGGAAAAACCCAGACGUAUAUGUACAUGGUUUGGCACAUCUUCAACAAACGCAACUACGCUUGAUGUCAAAUACAUCAAGUUAUCAAGUUUUCAGCAGUGUUACUUAGGAAUGGGAAAUUACCUGAAUAGAAGACGGCAAACAAAUUCAAAAAGUGAAAUCCAUAAAUAUUCAAAUGCUGAAUGGUAUUCAAUAUUCAAGUCCUUCUUAACAUAUUUUAGCUGUUCCAUUUUCCUCAUGACAAAACCCAAUGUUCAUUAUUUAUUAGUUUCUUCAAUAUUUUUCUAUUUUGGGAAUGCAGUGAACGAUCGGAGUGUUGAGCAGUGUCUUCCAUUAAGGUUUCCUGUGAGGUGCGCAGGCAACACAACCACGAUCUGGUCACUAUCUGGGCCAAAAAAGCAUUAUUUUGUUUUAGUUCUUUGUUGGCUUGUUCAUCGCAGUCCAUUCACUCAAUAA